CCACGGUGUUGUGAGUAUUACGGACUCGGCAAAAUCACGGAUUGCAGACUUACAGUCACUCUUUUUCUUCAAGGGUCUUCAUACUGCUUUAUUUGUGUCUCUCCACUCAGCGGAGCGGCUGAAAAUACCUGAUCAGAUUGCUCACCUGUUCGCACACGCGGUCCCUCAAGGUUCGUCUGGUUAAAGUCGGGCUGCACGUUUUUUAGGCCGAAAUCACCUGCCGCAGUUCCCAAAAGAGGCUCAUCCGUUCCUCCGGCGCGAUUCACCUCAGCACGGCCAGUCUCAAUAACCCCAGCCCACGUCUCCUCCUGCGUUCCUGCUUGUCAUUCCCCUCCGUUUCUUUACAGCACCAAAACCGCUCGGGAAUGCCAUGGAUUCCGACACAGCCAAGGUCACCGCGGCUGAAUCCCAGGGACACACUGUCGUGAAGCCAAAUGUGUCUCCCCAGAAGCCCUCAUCAGAGGCUGUGAGGGUUCACACACCCAAGGAGAAGGGUCUGACAUUUGCCAAUCAAGACUCACUUCCCAAACUCCCUAUCCCUGAUCUUGAGGACACCUGCAGAAAGCAUCUCGAAGCUCUCUCAGCCUUGCAGACCAUUCGAGAACACGAGGAAACCAAGGCAGCGGUGAAGGACUUUUUAAGGACCGAUGGACCUAUCCUUCAAGAGAAGUUGAAGACAUACGCCUCCUCCAAAACGAGUUACAUCGAGCAAUUCUGGUAUGAUUCUUACCUGAACUUUGACAACCCUGUUGUUCUCAACCUGAACCCAUUCUUCCUGUUGGAGGAUGAUCCUACUCCUGCUCGUAACCAUCAGGUGACUCGCGCGGCCUCCUUGGUCGUGUCGGCGCUAUCUUUCGUUCGUGCUGUCCGAAGAGAGGAGCUUCCACCGGAUACCGUUCGUGGCACUCCUCUGUGCAUGUAUCAGUACUCUCGCAUGUUUGGAACUGCCCGUCUCCCAACCGACAAUGGCUGUGUUAUCAGUCAAGAUCCUUCAGCCAGGCAUAUGGUGGUGAUGUGCCGUGGACAGUUCUAUUGGUUUGAUGUCCUGGACGACAACAGCGAUCAGAUUAUGACGGAGAAAGACAUUUCACUCAACUUACACGUCAUCAUCGAAGAUGCGGCCCAGACUCCAAUUCAAGAAGCCGCCAAAGGCGCACUGGGUGUCCUGAGCACUGAGAACCGUAAGGUAUGGUCAGGCUUGCGAGAUAUCAUGACCAAGGAUGCCACCUCGAAUAAUGCCGAGUGUUUGAAUAUUGUCGAUACUGCCCUAUUCGUACUAUGUCUUGAUGAUACCGAACCCUCGAGCACCGCUGAGCUCUGUGCCAAUAUGCUCUGCGGCACAAGCGAAGUAAUCAAGGGCGUACAGGUCGGCACAUGCACCAACCGGUGGUAUGACAAACUUCAAAUCAUCGUUUGCAAGAAUGGCAGUGCUGGUAUCAAUUUUGAGCACACGGGCGUGGAUGGUCAUACCGUACUACGAUUUGCCAGCGAUAUUUACACCGACACUAUUCUCCGAUUCGCCAAGACGAUCAACGGCCAGGCCCCAAGCCUGUGGGCUACGACGAGUCCCGACCCUGCCAAACGUGACCCCUGCAGCUUUGGAAAUGUCAGCACCACGCCUCGCAGACUGGAAUGGGACAUGACUCCAGAACUCAAUAUUGCUUUACGAUUUGCGGAAUCUCACCUGUCGGACCUGUUGUACCAGCACGAAUUCCAGGUCCUCGACUUUGAGGGCUACGGCAAGAACUUCAUCACUUCCAUGGGAUUCUCGCCCGAUGCAUUCGUGCAGAUGGCUUUCCAGGCGGCGUACUACGGUCUCUACGGUCGCGUCGAGAACACCUAUGAGCCAGCGAUGACGAAAAUGUAUUUGCAUGGUCGCACCGAAGCCGUGCGCACAGUGACACCCGAAGCCGUUGAAUUUGUCAAGACAUUCUGGGGCGAGAACCCGGCAGAGCACAAGAUUGACGCUCUGCGUACUGCAACCCAAAAACAUACUGCCAUGACGAAGGAAUGCUCCAAGGGCCAGGGCCAAGACCGCCACCUCUACGCUCUGUAUUGCCUGUGGCAACGGUCAUUCGACGAGGGUCUGUUCCAGGACAGCAGCUCUGCGGGUGGUUAUUCGAGCCCUAGUGAAGGAAUGCUCUCCGAGACAUCGGAUGAUUGCUUCUCCUCAUCACCAGGCACCGGUAGUAUCCGCGGGCUACGUUCUCCUACUCCUCCCACGCCCGCCAUCUUCAGUGAUCCUGGCUGGGACAAGAUCAACACCACCGUCCUGUCAACCUCAAAUUGUGGCAACCCUUGCCUACGACACUUUGGGUUCGGCCCGACAUCUGCUGAUGGCUUCGGGAUUGGAUACAUUAUCAAAGACGAUUCCAUCUCAUUCUGCGCCUCUUCUAAGCACCGCCAAACGGCACGGUUAAUGCACACUCUCGAAUCAUACCUUUUCGAAAUUAGGAAAUUGCUGCGCGCGACCAAUCGCAAGGCUGCCAGCCCACGGACCAGCCGUGCUCGGGAAACCGAAAUGCUGGCAGAGCGUGUGCAGGCUGAUAACAAUCGACGCGGUCGGGUCGUUCGUGGGGAUAACCGUGGAGCGGAUACACCGACUACGACGACGGAUAGUGGGGAGAUGGAGGAUGACGGAAUGGGCGGAUACGGAUUCUUCGAUGCUGGCAUGCUUUUGCAUGCACUGAAGGGUGUCAGCGCAGAGCGCGAGCGCGGUGACAAGCCCGCGAAGCGGAAAUUUGUUGGAAAGAAGCUUCAUCUUAAUGAAUAUUGAUGAAGAGAUGAAAUCUUGAGACUUGUACUUAUUCGCAUUUUCUACGACCUAUCAUAUAUCAUCCAUAUGGAAAGGAGAACUUGCCUUUGUUUACUUUUUCUAUUGGACCUUGGGCUAUAGAUAGUAGCAUUUUCCACGACCUAGACUACACCUGAUGGGCCACGUGAGAAGCAAAAUGAAU